AUGGCCGGUCUGAAUUGCGGGGCCACGAUCGCGCUGCUGGGGAUCCUGCUGCUGGGCGCCGCGCGCCUGCUGCGCGGAAUGGAAACUUUUGAGAUUUCUCUGCCACAAGGAAGCGGCAUUUUAGUUCACAUAAAGCUCGGAAACACAGAGGUGCCAGCCAUGUCCUGUUACAUCAUAACUACUAAUUCAAGAAGCUCUACCAUAUUAUUCAUCAAAGAUGGAGAAAGUAAAACCUUUCACUUUAGUUGCCGUCAUCCAGAAAAUCACUUCGUCAUGGAGAUCCAGAAGAAUAUCGACUGCAUGUCCGGCCUGUGUCCUUUUGGGGAGGUUCGGCUUCAGCCCCCGACAUCAAUGCUUCCCACAAUCAACAGAACUUUCAUCUGGGAUGUCAAAGCUCAUAAAAGGAUCGGUCUAGAGCUACAGUUCUCCCAUCCUCGCCUGAGGCAGGUUGAGCCUGAGGAAAGCUGCCCGGAUGGAGUCACUCACUCCAUCAGUGGCCGCAUCCAUCAGACACCAUCAAACACCAUCGAGGUCAAGAUCGGGACCUUCUGCAGCAAUGGCACCGUGUCCCGGAUCAAGAUGCAAGAAGGAGUGAAGAUGGCCUUGCACCUGCCAUGGUUCAUCCACAGAAACACCUCCGGCUUCAGCAUUGCAAACCGGUCGUCUAUAAAACGACUGUGCAUCAUCGAAUCUGUGUUUGAGGGCGAAGGCUCAGCCACCCUGAUGUCAGCCAACUACCCAGGUGGCUUCCCUGAAGAUGAGCUCAUGACGUGGCAGUUUGUCAUUCCCGCACCAUUGCGGGCCAGCGUCUCCUUCCUCAACUUCAAUGUCUCCAACUGUGAGAAGAAGGAGGAGCGGGUGGAGUACUACAUCCCAGGCUCCACCACCAACCCUGAGGUGUUCAAGCUGGAGGACAAGCAGCCUGGGAACAUGGCUGGGAACUUCAACCUCUCUCUGCAGGGCUGUGACCAAGAUGCCCAAAAUCCAGGGAUCCUCCGGCUGAGAUUUCAAGUCUUGGUCCAGCAUCCACAGAAUGAAAGCAAUAAAACCUACGAGGUUGACCUGAGUAAAGAGCGGACCAUGUCGGUUACCAUCGAGCCCCGGCCCGUCAGGCUGAGCCGCAAGUUCGUGCCAGGCUGCUUUGUGUGUCUGGACUCUAGGACCUGCAGCACCAACAUCACCCUGGCCCCUGGCUCCAAACACAAGAUCUCCUUCCUCUGUGACGAUCUGGCCCGCCUGUGGAUGAACGUCGAGAAAACCCUAAGCUGCCUGGACUACCGGUACUGCCUCAGGAAGUCCUACUCACUCCGGGUACCCCAGGACAUCCUCCAGCUGCCUGUGCGGCUGCACGACUUCUCCUGGAAGCUGCUGGUACCCAAGGACAGCCUCAGCUUGGCGUUGGUGCCAGCUCAGAAGCUGCAGCAGCACACACAGGAGAGGGCCUGCAACACCAGCUUCAGCUACCAAGUGGCCAGCGCCGUCCCUGGCCAGAACCUGUAUUUUGGCUCCUUCUGCUCUGGAGGUUCCAUCGGGCAGAUCCAGGUGAAGCAGAACAUCUCUGUGACCCUCCGCACCUUUGCCGACAACUUCCAACAGGACAUGUCCAGGCAGAACCUGACCGUGUCCCUUAUACCACAUUUCAAAGAGGACAGUGUUUUCAUGGUGACCCCAGACACAAAGAACAAGGUCUACCUGAGGACCCCUAACUGGGACUGGGGCCUGCCAUCACUCUCCUCCGUGUCCUGGAAUAUCAGCGUGCCCAGAGACCAGGUGGCCUGCCUGACCUUCCUCAAGGAGCGGACCGGGUUGGUCUGCAAGACAGGGCGGGCCUUCAUGAUCAUUCAGGAGCAGCGGACACGUGCUGAGGAGAUCUUCAGCCUGGAGGAGGAGAUGCUCCCCAAGCCCACCUUCCGCCAUCACAGCUUCUGGGUCAAUAUCUCCAACUGUAGCCCUGUGAGCGGCAAGCAGUUGGACCUGCUCUUUUGGGUGACACUUACCCCAAGGACUAUAGACCUGAAUGUUGUCGUCAUCGCGGUGGUGGGAGGCGUCGCCUUGCUGCUGUUUGCUCUCGGACUCAUCAUUUGCUGUGUGAAAAAGAGGAAAAAGAAUAUAAACAAAGGCCUGACCGUGGGUGUCUACAAUGACAACAUCAAUACCCAGAUGCCCAUGCAGCCCAAUAAGUUUCAGAAAGGACGCAAAGACAACGAAUCCCACGUGUAUGAUGUCAUCGAGGACACAAUGGUAUAUGGGCACCUGCUCCAGAAUUCCAAUGGGUCCUUCCACCAGCCGGAGGUGGCCACCUACCAGCCCUUCCAGGGUUCCACAGGGAACUGCCCUCCCUCCCCACCCCCCAUAUGCUCCAGGGCCCCAACUAAAAAGUUGACCCCAGAUGAGCCAUCCUCUGACUUUCCUCCCGAGUCUGAGAGUGAACCUUACACCUUUUCCCACCCCAGCCAAGUGGACAGAAGCAAUGAGAACACCGACAUUCCCUUGCUGAGUGCCCAGGAGCCAGAAAAAUCUGCAAAAUAACAUGAACCCAUCCCAAAGAUUUUGCGUAAUGUGGGGCACUGAGACACAUUUUAGGGUUCCUAACCAGGAAUCCUAAAGAGGAGGAACUGUAUGGGACGGAACAGCAGGAGGGUUUCCUGGAUACUACCAACUUCUCAUUCCCAGGUGAACUUGUCCUGAUGGUGACAAUGUUGGAUUCUGAUCUGGAUACAAUCAUCACAGCUCAUGUCCUUCCAAACUCAGGUUGGGUUGUAAACUGGCCCGUAUUGAGAAGGGAGACGUGCCAGUCAUCCAGUGCAGGGUUGCAGCAGGCCCUCGAUUUGGAUCUGGAUUGGACCGCUUCAGGUAGACAGUUCUAAUUCCUAGGAGGCCUCACCGAAGGUCCCUACUGUCACUGGGGUCCCCUGGCUGAAACGACCUUGUGCUUUUUUAUUACGAUUAUUUAUUUGGUGGUCCUGUGUGUUGAAGAAGUUGGAUAUAUAACCACACAGCUCUUUUCAUCUGACAUGGUGACAACUCACACUGACUGGUUGGCUGGCUGGGUUUUGAAUUCUGACAACCACCAGAUAAACAAAUGUUUGUCCUCUUGGAGAUGGAAAUAAUUUGCAAACUGUCCAGCCAGAAAAGGAUAUUUGUGUUUGAGCCGCACUGAAACUUACCUACUUUGGCAGGAGAUGCCUGGUCUCUGGCUCUGCAUGUAGGGAUCCUACCGCAGAGCCUCAUCUUGAACCCCAUUGUCUUACGGCCUCGAAAUAAGAGGAAUGUCCUUAAACUGCCAUGAGGAACUCUCCCAGAUGUGGCAAUAAUUUGGCAUUUAAAUAGAAAUUUAGAAAGUAUUUUCAUCCUCUAAAAAUGUUUUAAAGUAUACCAGAGGAGCCACCUGUAUUACUUUACUAUUCUUCUGUAGCAAAUUAUCACACAUUUGGUGGCUUAAAACAACACACAUUUCUGAUUAUGUGGUUCUGGAGAUCAGAAGUGCAAAAUGGGUUUCAUUCAGCUAAAAUCAAGCUGUCCCCAGAGCUGAGCUCCCUCUAAGAGGCUCCGGAAAGAAUCUACUUCCUCACCUUCCCAGUUUCUCGAGGCUGUGUGCUUCCUGUGGCUCCAAUGGCUGGUCACAUGGUGGCACUGGCUUGCUUCUCUAGCUUCCCUCUUUCACUUCUGAGAACCUUUACUUAUAAAGCCCUCCCAUAUAAUACAGGAUAAUCUCCCCAACUCUUGGGAUGUGGCCAUCUUUGGAGAGCCAUCAUUUUGCCUACCACACCAUCCUACCACUACAGGAAGGGCUACAAAAUGUUCCAGCCUGCCGGUAUAUUUUGGUUAACCUGCAACAAAUUUUAACUCUUUUUUGAAAAUGAGUUACUAAUACUUAAAAUUAUAAAAUUUCUAUGUAAAAUUCCAGACCAGAAUAUCUGGUCAUACUGGGGCUCACACUCUUACCUGGCAAUAACCAUCUCCACUUUUACAUUGGGCAUCACCAGUUCACCACAGUCUCCACCACUCCCUGUAGCCUCCCACACUGAGGCUGAGUGUCUAUUGCUACUGAUCAAGGCCACUGUAGGGCUGCUUUUUUUUGCAAUGAAAUGGAAAGUUUAGGACCCAUAUUAUCAAAUGAGGAGGGGGACCUCAAAGCUGGUGUGUUUCAGAAAGAUUUUUCCCUUACACAUGGCACACUUUCCUCAUUUAUACUAAUUACCAGCUCAGCUCCUUGGGCAUUUGCCUGUGUGGCCCCUGCUCUCAUCUGGAAGGAAAGAGAUUGUGUUGUGACUUGACAGCACUGUCCAGUAUUUCUGUGACAGAACCUUCUUUUAAAAAUAAAUGUCCUUCAGUUGUUCAGUGACUUCACCUUGGAUCACACAGCCUCGACUGGCUCUCAGACUUCCAUGCCUCCAAAGAAGAGUUUUGCCAUCUCCUCUAUGGUGCAUAUACUCUUUCCAGAAGGAAGAAUUUGUUCGUUUGGGGUUUGUUUUUGUUUUUGUAAUGUCCUUGGUGCUACAAAUCGCACCUUUCCUUGCUGAAAGAUUCACUCCUGCCCAGUUACUAUAACCUCUUGGGCCCAGGUGCUGGCAAACCCCCUCCAUGAAGGGCCCGAGGAGGGUGGUGGCUUCCCUCCCUCAGCUGAAAUUAUAUUCUUGGUUGAAGUCACCGUUGGAGCCCUGGAACUCCAUUCUCUGCCUUCCCAGACCUCCUGGCCUCUCCUGAGUUUCCUCAGCCUGUGCUCUGCCUUCUUCCCGUGGAAUGGCUGGCCAUCUUGGGGCCUGAACACCAUCAUAUACAUCACCUUUAUCAACCAAGACCCCCCCAUUAUCUUUUAAUUGACAGCUCAAACUCCAGGCCACGCUGCUAUCUUCCUGAGACCUCAGGUGGAUGUAAUAUUUUCUGAAGAUGUGCCUCCUUGAACAGGCUUAGCCCAAUAUACCUCUAGCUCUUUCCUUGGAAGCCCAGGCCCCAUUUAUGUAAAAUAUUUCAGGAAACCAGUCAAGCAUAGCUGUUGAAGCCUGCUGUGUGCCAGCACAGUGCUCUCCACACUGGGUCUGCUGAUACCCAGGCUAUCUUCGUCCCUCUGCUGUGCCGACAUGGAAGCUCCUGCAGGACUGAGCUCAACAUCCAGGGUCUCUUUGCACAAGAGGGGGAAGUCUUAAGGACGCAUCAAGGAGAAAAAACCUAAGUCCAUGGACAGAGCCUUGUGGGGGUUAGAAGAAAGUUCUGUAUGGAUCUCAAUGCUUAAAUGGAAGUAAUUUAUUCGUUGUAGAUACAUUUUUGGUAGCAUUUUAUUCAUUUCCUACAGGUUUUUUUUUUUAAUAAACAA